GAGUUAUUAGUUCUAGGGUUUUUGUCCUGGUUUCCGUGUAUGGAAGAGAGAAACAGCAAAACCAACUCUUGCUCUGCCAGACAACUAGCAAAGAUGUAUCUCCAUUUCUACAUAAACGAAAAGGGCGACAAAGUUUAUACGACCAAGAAAGAAUCUCCAGUAGGAUUGGCUACACAAUCUGCUCAUCCAGCUCGGUUCUCCCCUGAUGACAAAUACUCAAGGCAGAGAGUUCUCCUAAAGAAGCGUUUUGGUUUGCUUCCCACCCAGAAGCCACCUCCCAAGUAUUGAUUGUUCCAACUCUAUCGAGGCUUUACCUAGUCGUAAUGCUCUUUGGUUUGACUUUGCAAUAGAGAGUGUGGAUCAUCAAAACGUUGUUGUUAGUUAUGCUUUUCAUUACUCAUAGAAUGUAUGACGGUUGAAAAUUGACUCCAACUAUUUUUUGCCUUGUAAAAGCACAUCUGAGGCUCCUCGUAAUUGCUUUCUUGGUGGAUUUAUGUGUUGUAAUACUGGAUUCAUAUGAAAAUAUCUUUAAAUGUUUCUCAUUUUUCAUUUAA